GCUUAGCGCUGCUAAAUAACGCUGAAGAUGAUACAAGUUUUGGUGGGUAACAGAUUAUAUAACUUAUGCUUAUUUGCCUCUGAAACGUAAAUCUUUUAAGAAAGUUCAUCAUAUUUUUGUAAUAGGCCAUUUGCACUAAGAGGUCAUGGGACAUUGUUUUUAUGAAAAUGAAAGUUAUAUGAUUUUGUCUUCAAAAAACGAUUAGGAUUCAUAUCUUAAACAAAUUUAAUAAUAGUGAUUUGGUUUUUCAAACCCGCACCAUUUCCUUAAAAUGAGUAAGUUCGUAGCUGGUCACGUGACCAAAAUGUGAUUUUAAAAUUAUGAAUUACCUCUUUCUGAACACAAAUUUUGCACUUAAAGCCAGUCAAGAGAAAUGUUGAAAAGAUGAUGUGUUAACGUUUACAGCACAACUGAGAGUAACUAUCAAACGUUUAACAAGAUAUGAGCAAAAAUUAAAAGUAGUUUUGGCCGCCAUGUUGGAGGGCAAGAGUACGCCCUCCAACAUGGCGGCCAAUACAAAUCAUACUACUUUGUUUAAAAAAUCAAAAUGCCAUAAAAUAUCUCCCUUAAAUGCGUUUCCUCUCAAAUUUCGGGUGUAAGAUAUUUUUAUGUGCUCUGUCAAUUUUUGGCAUCAGCAAGAUUCCAACUCAUCGUUUAAAGGAAGCAUUGGUCACGUGACCUCUUAGUGCAACUGGCCUAUUGAAGCACACUGUCGUACCCCGCUUUAUGGACGCCUGUUCAAUACGGGUCUGAUCACACUCGUUAUGACAGAAAGUUUUCCUUAUCCCUGGGUAAAACACUCACGCUUUUUCUCUGAAUUCAACCCGCUUAAAGUGGAGAUCUGUUAAUACGGACAAACGAACUCUUGUUUCUCUUCCAAUCAACAACUUGUCAGAGAAAGUCAACCUCGCUUAAAUACGGACACUUCAUUGGCAACUGUGUGCUGCAAUAAAAUUUCCUUUUUGAAGUUAAAAAAAAAAAAAGCUUUAGGUGACAACAUGUCGGAUGUUCCAAAUGUUGCAGCACACCGGCUAGGAUCACUUUUACUUGGACGGCAAUCUCAGUUUAUUUUGGCACUAAACGCUAAGUUAAUGAGCAAAGUAUGCAGAGUUGGGUUAUUGAUUGAUGAGUAACGUAUAAUUAUAAAUUGGCGACUUUGUGGUAGCCUGCGUAGCAGGUGCUUGGAAGUAGUGGGCACAAGAAAAAAAGGGCGCGCGAGGAGAAACGCAUGUCUCCCUCGCGCGCGCCCGUUCUCUCUUUCGCCCACUACUUCCAAGCGCCUUCUGCGCAGGCUAACUUUGUGGUGUUUCCAUGGACAUAUAUAGUCCUCGGAAUGACGGCUUUUGUGCACGUUAGAGAUGUUUAAUUUGACGACGUUGAUCGAUGUCUUAUUUUAAAUGUGUAGUAUUUUGUUCAAAUAAAAGGUAUGUUUUUUAACUUAAAUAACAUGACCUGGUUAAUACGGACGAGGGCGUUUUUUAAACUCUAUUCAGACCAGGCAUUUUUGGCUUACCGGAGUUGUCUUGGUUAAUGCCACUGGAUAUAGGGUCUUAAUCCAUGCAAAGCCUGCAUCAGUUCAUCCGUUUUGUCAGCCGCUUUAAGAAAAUUAUCGGGUUACCAUCGAGCGUUAUAACGGGACACACGGCGCUGAGGUUUUAUAUGGGGUACAAGAUUUACAGAUAUAUUUUGCUAAGUAGAGAACUCCGAAAGCUUUCAUGCCCUAACAUCAAUAAUGCUCUGGUCGGAGUGAGUAUAUAAGUUGUAUAACAUGAAAGGUCAGGCAAAUAAGGGGUCGCGGAAUUGGUGCUUAACCUCAAAUGCAAGAUCUGUGUUUGUUGCUGUUUGUUGGGAUUAACUUGAAACUCUCUGACAUCAUCUUAUUACGUUGCAGGUUCUGUGCAGUUUCGUUGCCUGUCUUCCAACAACUUUGGGUAUAAGCUGCUAUUCAUGCGCAGAAUAUCCAGGUUCGAGCGAGACAUGUAGCAGCCUCUCCAUAAUUUCAUGCGACUCCUUUUACGACUCUUGCAUGACUACGAUCGUUACAGGGGAGGUGCACGGCUACCAGUACUCGACAACCGUCAAGGACUGCUCGAUAUCUAGUACGUGUGACUCGAACCUUAUUUGUAACCAAGUGAACAGCUCCAUUUCUCAAUCAAAUGGAACCAUGUUCUCAUGCUCAGUAAACUGCUGCGAUAGUGAUCUCUGCAAUGGAGGAGGUGAGCUAGUCCAGUGUGUUCAUAAUUUCAACAUAAUUGUCUUCAACCCAGUUAUCGACCCUGCAAACUGCACGUAAUAUAUGGGACCGUUCACAAACUAACUUCUAAUACAUAGGGUGCUAAAAGGGUCAAGGCCUUUCUUGUCGAUUCAGACUACUACCAGACACCCGAGGGGACAAGUAAAAAAAAUAACAUAAAAAACGGUCCUCCCUUAAAUAAUUUCCAGAUAAACACGAUUAUAAAUCGAAGCACUGCUAUCAGUUUAUGUCGAGAAAAACUAUUUAGAUUAGACGGUCUUAUCAACUUUACUGCGUUUUCCAACUGUACUACAUGCAUGUCCUGCCUUUUACCAGGACCUACAGAAUAUCCCACGGGUGGACCACUUCCUACCAGAUACCCCACGGGUGGACCACUUCCUACCGGAUAUCCCACGGGGAGACCAUUACCUACAGGAUACCCCACCAGUGGGCCAGAACCCUCUGGUUUUCCUACUGCUGGACCGCCAGGGCCAGACCCUCAGAGGUAAGCGAACUAGUGUUUUAACGAAGCAUGAGCUUUAGCUGGUGAUGAGUGAAAUAAAAAAAAAUACAAAUGAAAACCAAAUUUAUUUUUAUCUCUACGCAUCGGUAGGUUAAAGCUGUUUUAACGAAUACGAGUUAAAUCGGCUUUGUUGGGUAUAUGUACUUUUAUUGCUAUGAGAUGAGUUUAUAUUUCUUAUAUUGGUUUUUUACUGUCAAGUAGACCGGUUAUUUUCAUGAAUAUACCUUUGAAUUCCUGUUUAAUACGGCUUGAUCAGCUUUAAAGGGCAUUUGCCGGCGGAAGUUCCAUGGAAACUGCGUUAAAUUAAAAACUAUUCAUCUGAGAUCGGCAAUCAUCCUCAGUAGUCCAGUGGUAUAGGGAAGCGGCGUUUAGACGAAGGUUCGGGCUUCGAACCCUAUUGCCCAUCCUUACUUUUUUUUCUUUUUUGUUUUCCUGCGGUUGUUUUGUUUUGUUGGCUUAUUCGUCUUUUUUUUUAUAAAUAUAGCUUAUUUCCCGUAUUGGCUUCUUUCCCUUUCUUUCCACUUCUGGCCCUUAACCUCUGCUUCGCAAGGCUCUGCGAUUCGCGUAUUUCUAGUAGACUAUUAAGGAGAGUGUAAUAGUUAACUUGGGACGUAACAGUCGCGUCCUUUUUACGAUGCGCCAAACAAGCAAACAUUUGACACUGGCAAUGUUAACCGUCUAUGAUCGGAUUGAAAUCCUCUUCCAAAACUACUCAUAAAGGCUCAGGAAACAUAGGUGAAUAACAAAUAACAACUGAUUUUUCUAUUAGCUAAUACAGCGUUCGGGCUCCCUGUGUUAAGACCUACAGUACUGCGAAAAGGAAAUGAGAGCGAGAUUCCCCCGGGGGGGUACUCCUGGGAAUUCUUGGUGGGGGUGUGCCGCCCGGUUCUUCAAAUCCUGACCCGAUUUCAGACCAAAAAAUAUAAUUAUCCACACCCGUUUUCAGACCAGGCCUCUAAAAUCCACACCCGUUUUCAGACCUAGCCUUUAGGCAGAAAUUAUGUUAUCAUCGCUUAGAUUAGGGCGCAAACACAAAAAUUAUUAUCUAAAUCUAUUUGGAAUUCACAUAUUUCUCUCUUUCUUACUCAUUUGGAAUUUAAACGAUAAGAAUGUUCAUACACUCCCGUAGUUCCCUCGAAAACCAUACCCGAUUCCAGACCAAAAUGGGAAAAGUGUGCACCGUUUUCAGACCAACGGCGCAAAAACCCUACCCGAUGGGGCGUGACAUACCUAUAUGACUUAUACAAGGGAGUACCCCUCCGGGAUUUUGUCCUUCAGUUCUCUCCAAACAUCGACUAAAGUUUGCCAAGAAAUUAUUUUUAUGGCUCCAAUAAAGAAGAUAUGACAGAAUUAUAUUUCUUAAGACCUACAUGUACUAGUUUCUUAAAUUUUAGGACAGCUCUAUAGCUAGCUCAUAACAUUUUUGAUCAUUACUUUUUCAUGAAAGGAAUUUAAUUUGUCAAAAUUAAACCUCCCUUGGUGUCUUUUAUUUGUUUCAGCCGCCUGAAAUAUUACAUCCACGCCUUGGAAGCAUUGCUCCGUCAGGUAAAAUUAAUAUGACGUUUAAAACGGCUGUAAGAGUUUAAGCGGUAUCAGAGAAACAGCGAAAAUAAAUGAUCAAACUAUUGUAACAAAAUAAUCAACCUUAGAAAAUCGGACAUCUGGCCUCUAAUUUCUUUUUUAUUCAUUCAAAAUAUUUCGCAGUUUCUGAUUGGCUUUAAUCCCCCAAUUAAUUCUUCAUAAGCACCUGGCGCUUACUAAAUUAGAAGAUCGGCGAGCUAUAUGCUGUCGAUUCGAAGGUAUACUUUGAUAAGAAACGAGGUUGAUCGGUUGUAUGUUUGAUUGGGAACGAGGCCGCAUGUUUAAUAGACUAUCGAUAAACGUUGUUUCCAGGCGCGGCUCUCUAGCUGUUUACUCACGAGUGAACUAAAAAAAAAAAAAAAAAACGGGGCGUUCAUUGCUAUCUGAAGUCGAAAUAGAUGAAUUUCUGACGAAAAACUGAACGGUAGGAAGGCAAAAAUACAAGCUAAAUGUUAAACUGCUACUUUUGUAAUGCGAAUGCAUGUGCUAAUUAUGCAAUUGGUGGAAAAGGUGCCGAACGGCAAGCGCAAAUUUGUAAGCCGGCUUUACUCUACGCCUUUACUACGAAGCAAAAAAAUGCAGUGCACCCAGCACUGCAAAUAAUGUCUUUAAAAUCUCUUUACAACGGCUACCUGGGGAAGGAGGAGCAUUAAGCUGGGAGGACAGGGAUUUAGAAUACGACAUAUUUUAUUUGUAAGCUUGUGUUAGGAUAUUAACACCAAAUGCAAACUGAAAAUGCAUGUAUUUCAAUCAAACCGAAUCCAUCUUCUCAGGACACAAAUUCACAAAACACAAAACGAGCAUCGGGUACUUGAAUAUACGUAUCUUGUUUGCUUAAACUUGGUUUGCAGGCUUUUUCUUCGCGAAUGUUUCUGCUUGUGUAACCGAAACGUUAAAUGCUAAAAAAAUUGGAGCUUUGGGGCGAGUCAAAUGGGGAUUUCUAAUCUCCAUACUGAAAUCAAAGAUGGCGGACAAGACAUUAUUCUAGGAUAAACAGUCCGGUUUUGUUCGUCCCCCAAAUUCUCCUGCAUUGCAUGUUAGCUGCGUUUCUUUUGUAUAGAGAGGCUUCACUGCAUUUUUGGCAGUUUGUGGGUUUUUUUUUUUCGGCCGCUACCGCUUUGGAGAAGGUGGCGCGGUUCUAGAAAGAUAAAGUGAAUAAUUAUAAAAACCGUCCCCAGGGACUUGAAACGAAAAUUGGUGGUUGUAGAGAAGGGGUGAAAUUGACUUUUUUUUCUGCUCUCUGAUAGAUGGAAUACAUUGUGGACAACGAACUUGGUGCUCAUCCCAGCAUCUCCGCUAAAAAACGGACAGGUAAAUAAAAUAAUCGAUAACAGAACUCAUAGGAAGGGUUUUGCGCAGGCAGAGAAAAGAUAGAUCUGGAGUCCUGACAAAUCCACUGCUAUCGUUCAGAGACUUGGAAAAAAUAAAUAAGCAAAUAAAUAAAUAAAUGAAUGCUCUAGCAUUUGUGUCACGAAGUUUUUACAGACAAUAUGUUGACAAUCAAACAAGUGCAACUAUUGAUUCCAUUCAUUUCUUUCGUUAUUUAAUAUGAUAUUUAUAUUUUGAUUUCUAUUUUCUUUCCAUUGUUGCCAAGGCUUCGAAAGGGGUCGAAGUAUAACUUGUGAAAAAUGUCAAUACUUAUCAUCGCUUCAAACGUGAUUUAGUGGUUAUUGACAAUUUUUAACAGGGCGAAACAAGAAGCGUUCGCAAGCCCAAAUGAAGAUGAAAACAUUAAGGAUCAUCAAGGAAAAUGUGGAAAAGAUGUUCUCAAACAAAGAGUAAAUUUUGAGGUAAUUUUGACUUAUUUGUUGACUUAGAUGAAUUCAUUUUCUAAAAGUAUUGUUGUACGUUUAUUCAAUUUUUUAGUCAAGCCAGGGAAAGAUUAAGGGAGAGCUAUUUUCGUAUGUCACCAUAUCAAUAUUUGAUUACAAAUUUGCUCCCAUUAAAAAAUUCUUGCAUUUUAAUUGCAUUAAAAGACUUUCAAUCAUCACGCUAGAGCACUUUCUUUUUCCCGUCUCAUGUUUGCAUCUGAUUCAGGUAAGGCCUAGGCAAACGUCGAACUUUUCGUGAGACGCGCGACCCAAACGGCGUGAAUUUGGGUCGACCUAGGGACUGUGCAAUAAUUAUCAGGAGGGGGGGGGGCUGAAAAACAAGGGUUAGCUAGCAAAAACUUAGACAGUACCCCCUCCAAAACAAAAAAAAUUAGUUCUAACCCCCCUCUGUUAUGUUAAAAAUAACGUUGCACCCCCCCUUCCCACCACACUGGACUGAGCUGCCAUCACAGCUUCAAUAAUGACAAACGUUAUUAUGUAACAUGUAGUAUCGAGAAGGAUGUUGAUCGCUUGAUUGAAGAUUUAGACAAAGCAUUUGCUAAGUACCGGGGUACUUACCACAUUGGCUCAAAAUCUAAAACUUCUGAAGCCAGAAAGAGAAAGGAGCAGAGAAAAAAAUCAAAGAACAGGAGAUUGAACGCUUUAAAUAGCAGACGAAAAAGAGCUUGCAUUAUAUUUAGAUCCUUGGGAACGUCUUGGGAGGAGAGCCUGAUGAACUUUGUUAUGAGCCAGAUAUAUAUGGAAUUCAGCAAAUCGAUUCAGCCGAUGAAGAAACAUUACUUUUAUUCACAUCAAAAACCGACAAAGCUUGUCUACGAGAUCUGUUUGAUUUCCAUUGUUUUAUGGGGGAAGCUGAAAAACAAGUUCAUGAUUUUUGCUUUACAUAGGAUCAGCUCAAUUAAUUAGAAGACGGGUUAAAAUUGAUCAGUUGUGAAUUUGCUUUUCAUUUUGAUGGAAUAUUUUCAAUAAUCGUUUAACAGCUGUUCGUGUUGAUAUUUGUUACAGUCUAUCAUGAUGCCUGUAUUGAGAAUCUUUUAUUGCGUUUAAUUUUAUUUACAUUUCGAAUAAAACUUUUAUUAAAAGGCCCCCCUCCGUCAAAUGAGUGAUUUUAGUUUGAGCCCUCCCUAUCUUGGCAGCACUUUUAUGUAAAGCCCCCGACUCUAGUUUUUCAGCCCCCCCUCCUGAUAAUUAUUGCAGAGUCCCCUAAAUGAAGUUAAGAUCACCAGUUGGCUCAGACGUCGAACUAAGGACGCGUCGAAGAAUGAACUGAAUCAGACCAAAAACGAAAUUUAAUUUUUUUUUCCCGAACGAUGCUUAAUAUACAUCAUCAUACAAAUUUAGACUUUUUUUUAGUGUAGUUGGUCGCAUGUGUAGUCUCCCUCGCAGCCGUUUUUUGGAUGUCACGCAACGGGAGCGUUGCGUGACAUCCAAAAAUCGGCUGCUAGGGAGACUAUCGCACGUAAAGAUCGACGUUUGUUCCGAGGACGAUCUUCAGACGGCUAGAACGUGUUGGAUGAUCCAAGCUCAUAUUCAGACGAACAGGCUAACUGUGCCAGACGUCGUCGAACUUUUCAUGAACUUUAACUCACUAAGUUUGGUUCAUCUCGUCAAAAGUUCAACGUUUGGUUUAGGCCUGACAGGGGAACAGUGUUCCUCCCAUUUACAAGUCAAAACCACCCGGGCGGAAAUUAAAUCUUUUGCAUUAACAUAAAACUACAAAAUUUUUUGUGGUGGGAGAAUGACCCACUACAAAGUAUAUGCAAAUCAGCUAUACGUACUUAAAAGAGUAGAAAAAUUGCAUCGCUUUAAAUCAAAGUCGAUAUUUUCGGAAUGGCUCCAGUCCUUUGCCUUUCUAACCUGAAUUUCCGGUUUCCCCCCAACAUAACAUGAUAGUUCAUAGUCAUGAAAAAUGAAUGUAAAAAAUAAAAUAAAAAAUAAAACACCAUUCCAGUAACAAGACAUAAUUUUGAAACUAAAGAUUUCCUAAAGAUGUCCAAUUUCCCCCCUGUAUUUGAUCAACAUUGUAGUCCAUACUGAAAAGACUGUUACACGUAUUUCUUCACAGAGACCAGGGACAGGACAGGGAAGAGGAAACAAAUGACAAUUAACAAUAGACUGAGAUGAAGGAUGC